AUGGCCACAACAUCAGAAACAUGGGACUGGCCCGCCGACAUGCCUGAAGACCCCGCGCCCGACCCUGAGCCUUCCACCGCAACCGCCAGUGGGAACGACCAGACCCAUCCUUCCGAGCCGCCCCAACAAGAAGCGAGACCUGAAGAAGACCCCAAGAAAUAUGUCCGGAUGUGCUGGAUCUGCCGUGAUGAGGUUGAGCCCACCUGGGAAGAGCCCGGCAUGAUCGGCAGCAUGCGGAACAGACGCCGCAGAAGACACUACAUCUCUGAGGAUGGCGAUCGCCUCUGCAACCCUUGCCGCUGUAAAGGAUCCGUCAAAUACGUCCACGAAGGCUGCCUGAAGCUGUGGAUGAACGAGAACCCCAAUGCUUACAAAUGCAGUCGCUGCCACUACGAAUACAGGAUGGACCGUCUCACAUGGGCCCAACGUCUUCGCAGCCCACUGCUGUCUCUGGGUAUCACCAUGCUCAUUCUCGUCGCUACAGUCUUCCUCCUUGGCUUCGUAGCCGAUCCGAUCCUUGGCCUUUGGCUUGAUCCCGUCGGGACCAUCACGGACAAGGUCUCUGGCAGUGGCAAGGACAUAGAUAACAGCUUCUAUGAUGAGGAUGACGGCUGGUUCGAGCAUCUCCUGAAGGGUGUCUUUUCUCUGGGCUUGCUUGGGUUUGCCAAAGCAUUCCUUGCGAUGAGCCCCUGGCAAUGGUGGAAUCUGCGAACAACCGGUAUCGUAGGUGGUGGAACCGGCCGCCGUGGAGGCACGGGACGCGACAGGAUGGAGAACAUCAACUUGACCCUUGUCCUCAUCGGCGUCCUCACGUUCCUCUAUACGGUGUGGAAAGGUACCCGCAAGUGGACUGAGCGUACCCUAGACAGGGCAAGCCAGAGAAUCCUCAAUGUCCAAGAAGACACUGGCGAUGACAGUGAUGACGAGGAUGGCGGUGUAAAUGAUGAUGAUGCGAAUGGGAAUGAAGACACGAACCACUGA